AUGAGCAUGAAGCUCGCUGUGCGUGUCCCUGCGGGCAUGUCCCCCGGCCAGACCGUGACCUUCCCCUCCACCUCGGGCGGGCAGAUGUUCACCACGGUGAUCCCAGUUGGCGUGGAGGCGGGCCAGACGUUCGUUGUUGAGGUGCCGCAGCAGGAGCCGCCGCCCACGCCGCCGCCGGACGUCCCGAUGGGACUCCCCGUAUCGCCGAUGCGAUCGCGCUCUCUUCGAGCACCGAGGGCGCCCGUCGCUUCGACUGCUCCGCUCGACACGGCGACAGGCGCGUCGCCGGUGGCGCCCACAUGGCAGGACGGCCAGGCGCUGCGGCACGCCGAGUGCCCGAUCUGCUUCGAGCCGCUGGCGAGCGGUCCGGUGGGUGUCUUCCUCGCCGGCGGGCGGCGCGUCUCCAACCACUUCUUCAACCUCGGCGCGGCGCAGGAGUGGCUGCGGAGCGGCAACGGGCACUGUCCGCUCACGCGCCUGCCGAUCUCGUCGGUGCUGGCCGUGCCGGACCUGCGGGCGGACCUGCAGGCUUGGUGGCGCGUGGUCGACGUCAACGGGGACGGGCGCCUCUCGAGGCACGAGCUGAUCGAGGCGCUCAAGGCGCAGCCGCCGAUGCGGAGAAGGCUGGACCGGUCGGGCUUCAUCGAGCGUGCAGAGGCGCCCGGCCUCGUCGCUUUCGUGCAGCAGGUCUUCGCCUCGUCGGGCGGCGGCAAGGGCCCCAUCCCGGACAUGGCGCGCGACAAGCUGGGCUGGUACAAUUACUGGGAUGAGGACAACUCGGGCUCACUCGAGAAGGAGGAGGUGGUUCGCGCGCUCGUCAAGACGCUCGGCCUCUCCACAUCGCCCACGCGCGUGCAGCAGAUGCGCUCCACCGUCGACGCGAUCUGGGCCGUGUUUGACGCGGACGGCUCCGGGUCAAUCGAGCGAGACGACGGCCGGGCGAGGGGCUGGCAGACACGAUCGUGGCCACCAUGCAGCACGGCUGAGGGGCGGGAGUGAGUGCGCGCGUGCUCGCCAAGAUGCUUGGAGUGCCAGUGGGAUGUUUGUGCCGGCCUGGCGCCGGCUGUGCGGUCAUUCAAGCAAACGAGGCCGGGCGGGGAUUCCCGAGUAGGAGCUCUCCUUACGACCACGUGCCGCCGGGUAAACUGGACGAGAAAUUUGGUCGACCGGGUAAUCUGACAUGAGAAAAGUCAGCGGCCGGGUAAGCUUGACCAACACAUUACAAUAUCUUGUUGAAUUGUGCUUUGUGG